AUGGCUAGAUUGUUAAAAGAGGAGAUUGUUAAAAUUAACAACAUGAGCGGAAUGGUACUUCAAUAUAAUUCACCAGAAAUCUAUAUUCUGGGUUCAACGAAUAAAAUACAAGAAUUAAAUAUGGAUGGAUUAUUUGUGUCACCAGCUGGACGAGAAUUAAUGAAACAGAAAAGUCAAAAUCAUCAUAAAACUAAAAUCAAGCAUAGCAAUGAAUUCAGUAAAACACUACCAACUUUAUCAUUGCUGACUGAAACUACUGACAUCAGAACGGAUAUACCUGUCAUACCAACCACAACAAUAUACACAAAUGAAGACAAUUUCAAGAAAAAUUCAUUAGACAUUGUUCCAUUUACCACAACAACAACGAUAGCAGAUUGUAUAGAAUCGACCUCAUCUACUGCAACAUCGUCAUACUAUUCAACACCAUCAUCGACCAGUUGUUCCAGUUCUAUGAAAAUUAAUAGUAACAAUGCGGACAAUGAUGAUGCGAAUCAAGAAUCGUGUUCACUACAAUCACAAUCAAAACAUGCAAAGAAUAAAAUAACAAUUGUAGAGGAAAAUGAAAAAAGUUAUGAUGAACAAAUGAAUGAAUCAGAAUAUAAUAGAACGAAUGAAAAUUAUUAUGAAGAGGAAUUAGAAUUAUUGUUGGGUAUUAAUUGUGUUUUAGAAGAUGAUUGUAGAUGUUUCGAAUGUCAGAGCACCUACUUCGAUUACACCGAAGACGAUGAUUUCGAGGAAAGUUUAGAAAGUAUAAAAAAUCCGAACAAUUCACCGCCAACAAAUACUGGAUCAUGUCGAAGGCAUCAUACAAACCAUGCUACGAAUAUGUAUUGUUGUAUACAAUAA